AUGUUCUCCCGAACGGCUCUCUCGAGAGGCGCACAGCUUCGGCAGGGCUGUUCGCUCGUUGCCCAGCGCCGGGGUUAUGCCGCCGGCUCCUCUGCGCCCGCCUCCUUCACCUACGAGACCUCUGAGCAAUCCAGCGUAAAGAUUGCUGCUCGCAAUUUCGACUCUCCGACCACGAAGCUGGCUAUCGUCGCCAAGGGAGGAUCGAGAUACCAGCCUGUCCCCGGCCUGACCGCGGGACUGGAAGAGUUCGCCUUCAAGAACACCGAGAAGCGAACCGCCCUCCGUAUCAUCCGAGAAUCCGAGCUCCUGGGAGGUCAAUUGGUCUCAUACCACACUCGAGAGGCAUUGGUGCUCGAGGCCAGCUUCCUGCGGGAGCAUCUUCCGUACUUUACCGAGUUGCUGGCUGAGGUCAUCUCGCAAACCAGGUACUCCUCACAUGAGUUCCACGAGGAGGUCGAUAGAGUGAUACAACUGAAGCAGGUCAGACUGGCUCGCGAUGUGUCCGCCCUUGCUCUCGACUCCGCGCAUUCCGUCGCAUUCCACACUGGUCUCGGCGCCCCUCUAUACCCGACACCUUCGGCCCUUACCAAAUCCUACCUGAACGAGUUCGCGAUCGCCGACUAUGCUGGAGCUGUCUAUGCCAAGUCGAACAUCGCAUUGGUCGGAGAUGGAACCACGUCAAAUGCUCUUGGCAAGUGGACGGAGCAAUUCUUCAAGGCUGUCCCAGCUUCUUCAUCUAGCUCCACAGCCCUGAACUUGAAGGCUACGACAUACUACGGUGGUGAGCAGCGUACAGCCCACACCGGUGGAAACUCGUUGGUUAUUGCCUUCCCCGGCUCCAGCUUUGGCACCUUCAAGCCGGAGAUCGCGGUUCUGGCCGCAUUGCUGGGAGGGCAGCCCAAUGUUAAGUGGUCGGCCGGUUUCACUUUGUUAUCCAAGGCCGCAGCUGCUGCUCCUGGUGCGACAGCUACAGCGACUAACCUGGCGUACUCGGAUGCUGGUCUCCUUACCAUUCAAGUCAACGGCGCCGCCGCGUCUGUCCGCAAGGCUGCUGAGGAGUCAGUGAAGGCCCUCAAGAGUAUCUCGGAAGGUACGGUCAGCAAAGAGGACUUGACCAAGGCUAUUGCCAAGGCCAAGUUUGACGCUCUGGAAGCUAGCCAGUCCGGCAUCUCUACACUCCUUUCGGCUGGUUCGGGCAUCAUCCACACUGGCAAGCCUUUCCAGAUUGCCGAGACUGUCAAGUUGCUUGACGGUGUUACGGCAGACAAGCUGAAGACGGCUGCCAAGGGUCUGACCGAUGGAAAGGCCACGGUGGCUGCAGUUGGUGACCUCCACGUAUUGCCGUACGCUGAGGAGCUUGGCCUGAAGGUAUAG